AUGCUUCGACGAACGGCAUCGUUCAAGCAAGGUGCUCGAGUGGGAGAUGCUGGUAGCUCCCAAAGCCGACGGAAGAAGCAAAAUGUAAUGGAAAUUGAUGGAGUCUUGUGGGCACUGGAUGAACACGGCAAUCCUCUGAAACGCUUGCGCAAGAAGGGCAAGGAUGGUGAUGGUGAUGCCAAUCAAAGUAGUGGCGCCAGUGUAAGCACCAAGCGAAUAAAGAAGAAUAUAAUCGAAAUAGACGGGCACCCUUGGCUUUGCGACGAUGCAGGGAAACCUAUUAAGAAGUUAAGGAAAAAGGCAAAGGAAGGUGAUCCUCCUCCUGAUGAACGAAGAAACCCACCUCUGCGAUCAAAAUCCGCACGGGGGAGAAAUGGUGGCUAUGAAAGUGAUGGAACGUCGUCACGGGGUAGUAACAGAAGCAAUCGACGGAGAGCACGGGACGAGAUGAGCAGUCGGGGUCGAUCGCAAUCAAGAGCUCGGCCGCAACAACAACAUCAUGGGUCAGACAGUGACGAACGCGGUAGUCUGGAAAAGAUGAUGAAUUCGGGAGAUAGCAGCAGCACCAAAAAAAAGAAGAAAGUAAUAGAAAUUGAUGGACAUUUAUGGGCUUGCGAUGAAAACGGAAAUCCUGUCAAGAAGGUACGGCGGAAAGGAGAGCCAAAGCCAACGCACAGUGGGCACUCAGACUCUGGCUCGCUCCAACGAGAGCGCGGCCGAAGUCGGGGUCCUGCUGCUGCUCGAGAUACCAACAAUGCCAGGUCCAAAUCACGACAACCGGGGAGCUCCUAUACAGAUGAAAAGGGAAGAAAACAUGUUUUUGAUGAGUUUGGCAAUGAAACUGUGUUUGGCCGCGAUGGCAAAAAGCUGAGAAAGAAGGGAGAGCCGAAAGUAGGCGGGCUAAUGGAUCAUAUCAUGACAUCGUCCGGCAUGGCAGGGCCACCCCCAGGCCAAAAGCCACCUCAUCGGACUGGUGAAGAGAAGAAGGACACUGGCCGUGAUCUUGAAUUCGGGAUCUUUGACAAUUUGUGGGACGACUUGGAAGGCAAUAAUAAAGGAUCGAGCAUCAACGACCUCCGCAAGAGCUUAAAUCUGUCACCAGCAAAGCCGACACUAAGGAGGAGCAGUACCGACGUCGAUCUUGGCGAUCCGGAUGAAGUGGAUAAGCGAAAUAAACUGUUGGUGGAAGAAUUGAGGAAAGCCAAAGAAGAAAUGCGAGAAUUGGAGGAACAAGCCAAAAAGGAAAAAGCAAAGAACUUGAAAGCCCAAACGGACAUGAUGACACUCAAGGCAGAGUUUACUGAAGCAAGUACAGAGCUCGAAAAUCUUCGGUAUAAAGUUUACGAUCUGACGUCUGAGAUUCAGAAAAAGGAAAGAGAUCUUGAAGCCGCAAAGGCGAGUGUAGCUGCCAACCCGACACCUGAGGGGGCAGAAGGCAUUGCGAUACUCGAAGCCGAAAAGGACAAUCUUGAAAGUAAGCUGGAAAUGGAAAGGGCGACAGCGCAACAGGAAAUCAAAAAAAAAGAAGAACAACUUGCCAACAUGAAUCGGGAAAUGGCUAUUCUACGAAACGAAGUAGAAAUGCUCAUUACCGGUAAGAAAGGAAAUGAGGUGGAUCCUAGUUUGAAACGGCUGAUGGAAGAAAAGCAAGAAGUAGAGAAGAAAUUUUCAGCAGAAAAGGAGCAGAAUGAAUCCAAAAUCAAGAGUCUGCAAGAAAUGAUCGAAGCCUUGGAAAUGGUGAACACCGAAUUGAACAAGCAGAUGUUAAUAAACCGAAAGGGCAAUCAGAAUUCUGGCCUUGGUGGCGGUGCGGCUACUGCCUCGAGAAACAAUAUUCAUAAUCGUGACAGGAGAGGCUCAAACUUUGAUCGCAAAGCUCCAGAACCGACCAAAUCAUUUGGUGAAGGUGGUGGCUUCACUCUGUCACCAGGAGCCCUGUUUGGCCGUGGUGGUAGAUUUGGGCGGGGAAACAAUGAUGGUCAAUAG